AUUUUGUUAAACGAAUGUCACCACUGACUCACAAAAUCAGCGCAAGACCUCAUUUUUUCCCCAUUUUGUGUAGGAAGCGUUGCUCGGUGGACUGGUUGUUAAAGAAAAGGGGUUUUAUUUCGUUCCUGCAGCGCAGCACACCCCUUCCGUCAUUAAAUUUUCCUUCGCAUGCAAGGAAGGCAUGGACGACCAACCCAAUUCCGAGUCUAACACCAACAUGGUUACACCCACCCAUCCUUCUCUUAUUGAUUCUUCUUCUUCCGAGUCGUCUUCAUCACACCCUCCUUCGUCUGAACCUCACAUCACCAACGGCAACCAUGUCUCUCCAACAAAAACACGCAACAAUGAGAACAGGAAGGAGAAAAAACACAAAAUCCUCUUCCUAGACGCCUACGACUCCUUCUCCAACAACAUCACCUCCCUCCUCACCACCCUCCUCGACGAUGUAGACGUCUACGUCCUCUCCAUCGACUCUCCUCUCCUUAAUCCCGCCUCUCCCGAUUUUGGCCAGCGGUUCCGCAGGGAACUCGCCCAGUACACGGCCGUGGUAUGCGGUCCCGGACCGGGAUCGCCCGAUAAUGAUGCGGAUGUUGGGUUGAUGAAUUAUGUUUGGCAGCUUCAGCUCGAUGCUGCUGAGAAAGGAAGUAACGGUGGAGAAGGUGGACUGCUUCCCGUCCUGGGCAUCUGCCUUGGGUUUCAGAGCUUGGUGAAGUAUGGUGGUGGAGAGGUGAAGAGGCUUAAGAGGGGGUUGCAUGGGAUGGUUAGGGAGGUUUUGCAUCGUCCUGAUGCCAACGGUGGUGAUGGCAAUAUCUUUCGGGAUGUGAAGCCGUUCAAGGCGACGCUUUAUCACUCGCUUUGUGGCGAUAUUGGUCAACAUGAGGUUUCUGAGGCGGACUGGAGGGAGGGAGGUACGAAGUGGAAGCCUAUUAAAGGGUGUGCAGAUCUCUUGCCGCUGGCGUGGGUGGAGGAGGAGCGCGACGACGGGGAAGUAGAGAGGAUCCUGAUGGGGGUGAAGCAUCUGAGGAAACCAUUUUGGGGGUUGCAGUACCAUCCCGAAUCCGUGUGUACGGAGCAAGAAGGGAACAAGGUCAUUGAGAACUGGUUCAAAGAGGCGCUGAGGUGGAAUGAAGCGAGGGGGAGGGUGGUGAUGGAAGUUGGUGAGGGUGAGAGGUUGGCGCAUCAGGCUACUAAGCCGAGUUUGCUGUCGAGGUUACAGGUUCCGGUUGGCGACGAGCAGACGACGCUUUCUACUACUACUACUACUAGCGAGAGGAAGAUUUGGUGGGAGCGCAUGGGAACGAGACCUGAGCACCGUUCUGCCACGGUCCGUCUGCCGCACGGCGUGCAGGUGUCGGACGUGGUGGAAGAGCUGGGCCUGGAUGGCUCUGACAAGGUCGUGGUUUUGGAGUCUGCGAAUGCGACUGCUACGGCGUCAGCGAGGGCAGAUGUGAGAGGUCGGUACAGCAUCAUCGCGGCGGGACUGGAAGAGGCGCUGCGGCUUGAGUACCAUACUGGUGACGAGUAUGCUACUUUCAAGCUACAGAAGGUCAAUGGCUUGCAGGUUGAUCUGUCUGAGCGGGUCUUCCUCGGUCCUUAUGGUGGGAUAUGGGGUCUUGUGGCCAGUUUCCAGGAGAUGCGCAGCCUUGGAGGUGGUGUUGAGCUUCCGGAUCUACCGUUCCUGGGAGGAUUCAUGGGUUUCAUCACCUACGAACAAGGCCUGAGUGACAUCGAUAUCCACUUGGAGAACCGUCAACACCACCGGCCUGAUGUCUGUCUGGCAUGGGUAACAAAGAGCGUGGUCAUAGAUCAUACUCUUGGCUUGGCCCAUAUUCAGGAGCUGUACUCUUCUGAUACGGACUUGGACGAUGAUGCCUGGAUGCGUAGCACCGCAGACCGGCUUUUAUCAACUUCAGCUCAUCACCAACACCAAUUCCUCAACAAUUUGCCUUCACCCGCCAAAAAGGCGAAGACGCGCCGUCCAUCUACAAGCACCUCGAUACAAACACCUUUGACCAAGGAAUACGAAGCCAGGGUGAAAACCUGUCAAGAGUUCAUCGCAGCUGGCGACUCCUACGAGCUCUGUCUCACAGAUCAGACCAAGAUCACCCGGCCCCUGAGCGACAUGAUCCCAUCAGCUACUUCCCAGGAACAUCACGCACCGCAACAACAACGGCCAACAAGCCCAACCUUCAACCGGAAGCAGCAACAGCGACGUCGCUCCUCCUCCCUCGUACCCACGACGACCUCAACCCCCGUCCCCUCCUCCUGGCAUCUCUACAAAACGCUGCGCUCCCGCCAACCAGCCCCAUUCGCGUCCUACCUCCGCCUCGGCGGCGCAACCCUCGUCAGCGCGUCGCCCGAGCGCUUCCUGACGUACGACCGGCACGGGCGGUGCUCGAUGCGGCCGAUGAAGGGCACGGUGCGCAAGUCCGAAGCGGUGUCAACGCUCGAGCAGGCCGAGAAGAUCCUGCACGUGCCCAAGGAGGAGGCCGAGAACUUGAUGAUUGUCGACCUGGUCCGGCACGACUUGCAUUCGAUUUGCGGAGCGGGGAAUGUUGAGGUGAGCGAUUUGCUCAAGGUGGAGGAGUAUCAGAGUGUGUUUCAGAUGAUUACUGUUGUCGAGGGGCAACUACCCUCGCCCUCCUCUGACAACAAGAAGAAAUACACGGGACUGGAUGUCCUCGCGGCUAGUUUGCCGCCGGGGAGCAUGACGGGAGCCCCCAAGAAACGCAGCUGCGAACUGUUGCAGCAGAUCGAGCAGCACCGUGAGCGCAGUUUGUACUCGGGUGUGGUCGGAUACAUGUGUGUCAGUGGGAGAGGAGACUGGAGCGUGACGAUCCGAAGUCUGUUUCGGUGGGACGACGAGCGGGUAACUGUGCAGGUUCAGGGAGAAGAUGGUCAGAGUGAGGAAGAGCAUGAGGUGUGGCAUAUCGGCGCUGGAGGAGCGGUUACCAUUCUGAGUACCCCUGAGGGUGAGCGAGAAGAGAUGUUUACGAAACUCGCUGGGCCGUUGAGGGUGUUUGCGGACCUGGGUUAGACUCGAAGAAUGGGGGUCUAUGGCGAGCAGAGCUGGUCUGAGGCCAGAGGCUGUGGAAGAAAGGGAGGACGAAAACAAAAGUGGAAUAAAUUCAUCAUUUUGGGCUCAGGCGUACAUUAGGGUUGGAAGAACACGAUAUUCAACGUAUCUAGAGGGUGGUCUUGGUGUCAAGGUUAAAAUGGGUUGGAGUUUUGUGGCUGUCAUAUUGGCUCAACGGAUGCAUACCUUAUGGCGGGACUAAAAAGUAGACAUUUCAACACGAUGCAUUGCAGGUAGAGAGAAAGAAGACGCCAAGUCCUCUCGCUAG